CGACGAGCCGUCGCCGUGGUUGCGGCGCGCAGGCGACUUUCUCCACAGGCAGAAUCGCCACAUUAAAGCCCAAAUGUAGAAAAACGUCUGUGGUGUGUAAACCCAGCUGAUGGUGUUCACAAAGAGAUUAGCCGCAGCAUGUCCGCUGCCACUUCAGAGGAACGUUCCCGUAUCGCCACUUCUCCGACCUGUGGUAAAGACAUUACCAGGUCUGGACCCAAGGUUGAUAAAAAGACCCACCCUCCUGAGGGGAUUCUACCGCCUCUGUGCCCAAAGCCACCGUCCCUCCCACCAGCCUCCUGUCUGGCCAGGCGCCUGUUCAGUCGGGCCCCCCUCGUCCUCCACAAUGUCCCCCCUGACACACAGACCUCUGACAGACCUCUGUCGGUGGUGGAACUUCCUCAUCUUAUUGCCCAGGUAGGACCUGGGAUAGCUAUACGGGAGACAAAAUGGCCGGGAGGACCUCGACUGAUGGCCUCAGCAUUAGGGACUGAAAUCCCCAUCAGGACCUCACGAAGAAUUACAGAGAAAGCUGAAUUGAUGGAUGCGACAGCCUGUAAGGAUAAAAAGAUAACAGCUGCAAAAGGUGGGAAAGCGACGAAACCAAAUAAAUUCCCUCUCACUGGAUCAGAGGUCGUUCAAAUCUUUGCUCAGGAAAGACACCAGGAAAGAUUGGAGCUUUACUUCCUGAAAGAAGUGGAUGGGGACUCCUACAGACCCUAUGAGCUACAAGUGGUCCAGUCCAGUGAAGCUGGUUCUGAGCACUACAUCUUCGCCCCUGAUUCUGUACUGCAUGUGACGGAGACGGGUUACGGUGGACUGGUCGGUCUUGCCGAGUGGCACAGAGAGUCUAUGUUGUGGAAAGCCUUGCAGGAAAUUUCAUUUUUCAGGGACUUCAGACUACGGAAAUCUUUCACCUGGUGGCAUAGAAAUGUGCGCAAGAUCUUGUUUCAGCGCAGACGUGAAGCCCUGGAGGACACGCUGCUCAUCGCCGUGCCUCAGUUCAGAACUGCUCUUCAUCUGUUCGCCAGACUAAUAGAAGAUCUUCAGGAGACUCACUUCCUGCCCCAGGAGGCGUCUCAAACCUUCACUUUGCUGGAAUUCAAGAAUUUCCUGAAAACCAAGAUUCAACAGUGUCUGCACAUUCUGGAAAAGUUAUCACAGCGUCGCACACUCAUCCUAAAUGUGGUGAAAGAGAAAAGCUAUGAGGCGCACCAGGAGGUGGGACUGCACAUGGAAUAUGCUAAAAAGCCAAACAAAUGCUACGAGCCCAUUCACCUCCACCUGGCUCACCGGCAGGAGCUGGAGAAAGAGUUGGCUCGGUCCGAAAGCGUCCUGCAGAAGUUGGGGAACUUCGGUUCUCUCGUCAGUCGAAUGAUCACGCACAAUCUCGCCACAGUCGUCCGUCGAGACGUCCUCUCGUUUCUCAGCAAUGUUCUGAAGAGAAAGAAAUCUGAGCAGUGCAGUCUGUUCCACACUGAGCUGUGUUUCGGUGCUGGCAGUCAGCUGACUGUGGACCCACAGACACAUCAGUUCCAAGAGGCAGUGAGUGAAGCUCUCCUGACUGUGGGCGACGCCAUUAUCCAGAUGUGCGACAGUUGUGGAUUUUUCUCGGAGAUCAGCGACAGUGUCUUACGCUCUGAUUUUGCUGAAGAUUUAACUUCUGACCUCAGUUGUAUUGGGCUUCCUAAUAUCACAGGGGCGGACAAGAACAGCGAUGGAAUGUCAAGUCGCAGAAAGCUUUGCCGCUGGCGACUCUCCGCUCACUCGCUGGUGCUGCCGAAUCGUACCCAGCCAACGGUGCAGGGCAACACGUUGCGUGGCUGCUACUAUCCUCUCGCUAAGUCACAGCUUCAGUGGCAGAUCGGCAUCGGUGACCUUUCAAGACAAGUCGAGCGAGAGCAGGUCAAGCUCGUGAAGGAAGCUCAACUUGAAAUCCAGCAGCUGUGCGAGCAUUACAAAUGGUUGGUGGACAUUCACUUGUUCAUUAGUCAGUGGAGUCGAGCCUCUUUGGAAUCCAUGAGGGGUGAGCCUGCUUCACGGUAUGAGGAGCAUAUUAAGAAGAUGCGCAACUGGGCUGAAGGAAUCGACACAGUCCCCUCAUCAAUCUCAUCCUCCAACCAGCUGUUCAUAAUCCACUGCACCCACAUUAAGGAAACUCUGGGCCGACAGCUGAGGUCGAUUGAAGAGGAGGUGCUGGAGCAUCUGACUGAGCAGAUGAAGCUGCACUCGCAGAGCCUCGUCUCAGACUUGGAGAGAGCUUCAGCUGAACUCGAGACAGAACCGCAGGACUUGCACGACCUCUCGAAAUAUGCUCUCUUGGCGAGGGAGACGGUGAAACGGUCGGCAGACAUGCAGAAGCGGUUGGAGUACGUUCACUCCCUCCAGAACACUGUUCGCAUGAACUACAGACAGAUGACUGAGCAGGAGCUGACUCUGGAAGAAAAGAUGCUGGGCUUGUGGGAUCGCUUCACACUUCUCCUGAAGGAAGCAGACGACACCGUUGGCCAUCGUCUUCCGCCGGUGGCCAAUGCACUGGAUGCGAUGUCCUCGUUUUUGGUCUGUGACCUUAAAAAUACGAUAUCUAAAGCUACACGUGGACCCUUCCUUGACCCAACCCAGAAUGCCAAGGAGAUGGUCUCCAAAUUAAACUAUACGUGUGCACAUGUGCGCAAUCUAAACGCAAAACUGGAACAACUCAACAGGAACAGUCAAAACCUACAAGAUUCUACGAGGGAUUUGACCUUUCUGACACUGGAUAUUCAGGAAGUAACAGCGCGUAAAGAGUUGUGGGAGCUGGUAGAUGCGUACACAACAUGGAUGGAAGAAUGGAAACAGCUUCUUCUCUGUGAGGCUGUGGUGUCACAAGCACAGGAGAAAAUUGCCAAGUGGAGGGAGCAAGCUCUGUCUCUUACAAGUAUUAUACCUACCCACGAUGCAGUGCUGCAGGAGACUUUGGGAAUCCUGGAAAGCUUAAGCCAUCGGCUUGCAGUUGUGGCCGAGCUGCAGAACCCCACUCUCAGACAUAAACACUGGAGAGUGAUUUUCGAAGAGUUGGGCCUACUUCACGUCCCAAAUAAGAAGGUGACUUUGGCUGAACUCAUGUCUCAACCACUUGAAGUUCACCAGAAACUCAUUACCAAGAUAUGCAGGGAUGCACAAACCGAGUGCAACGUGGAGCAGACCUUCCAAACACUUCGACAGGGAUGGAGGGCCAGACUCUUUCGGCUGGAUGAAUUCACUCAUCCUGUUUGGCAGCAUUGUGAGCAACAACAUGGAUUGACUGAGGCAGAGAAACCCACAGUGGGCACCAUUUCAAAUCUCCCAACUGCCAGUCAAAACUCCUGUAAUGAUGCAAGAUUCACCAUAAUCGGUCUUGACAUUCUCUUUGCUGAGAUAGAGAAUGAUUUGAUGACGAUGUCAACCCUGCUGAAGUCUCAAUACAGUUUUGAGUUCAGGCAGCAGAUGGAGGACUGGAUGCAAUCCCUGCAAGAUCUUGAGAAGCUCCUUGAUUUAUUGGAAAGAUUUCAGCAAAUGUGGGCCUUCCUGACAAAGAUGUUUAAUGAAACAUUCUUUAGUGUUCAAAGAAUGGAUCUGCUGGAGAAGUUCAAACCUGUCGAUGAGACAUUUAAGGAAAUUAUGUGCACUGUAUCAGCCAACCCUCAUUUGUUCAACUUUGUUAAUUCCAAGAAGACAAAUGAGAAGUUUCACGGUACUCGUCUUUGCCAGACUCUCAUUGGUGGUCUGUCUACAAUGGAAGCUAUUACCAACCAGAUGGCGGAUGCCCUGGAUUCCCUUCGUGAACAGUUUCCAAGACUCUGGUUCUUGAGUGACAGGGAAGUGAUACAAUUACUCUCCUUUCACCCAAUGCCUUUCACGCUGCAACUCUUUGUACGCAAAUGCUUUACAGGGAUACACUGUCUUGAAGUGGAUAGUGGAAAUCCAUGUAAUACAAGAAAGAUCCAUGGGGCUACAUCUGGAAGCCACAGACAGAUAAAGGUGCUGGGGGUUUUCGGCAGCUUCCAGGAGCACAUAACCUUUCUGUCUCCUUUAGAACCAAACCUCAAUGCCUUGGUUUGGCUCAGUAAAUUUGAGAAACGAUUAAAGUUGUCCAUGAUGCAGCUUGUAAAACAAUGUGCUGCUGUUGUGAAAAACCACCUUCAACAAUCCACUCAAGAUUUGGCAAGUAGCAAGAAAGUUAGAGACAGCUUGCUUGACAUUGCAAGUAGCAGAGAAAAUAUUCAACCUGUGCUAGAUCUGCUGACUGAAUAUCCUCUCCAGUGUCUGCUGGUGGCUGAGGAGGCUGCGUGGUACAGUGUCGUUCGACAGGCUUUCCAAGAAUCAAGCCCAUUGAAGCUGAGCGACAUCAAGGCAUACAACUCUGCAAAACUGAAAGACCUUGGUCUUUCCAUAAGGGAUAGAGGCACAGGGGCUAAAAGUGAAUCUCUGGUUUCUAAAUACAUGGUGGUGUGCCUGAGUGCUUUAGUGCAGCUUACAAUGAAUCAGGCACAGAACCUAUCUCAGCUCAUGGAGGUACAGUGUGAGCUGGAGUCAUCUUUCGAGUGGCUAAGUUUGAUGAAGUAUCAUAUAAACCCAGAAGAUCAGAGUCUGAAAGGCAAUGAUGAUCCAGCAUGCUAUGUUGAUGUUUUGGGCCACCACUUCCAAUAUGGCUAUGAGUACGUUGGUCCAGAGGACUGGGUGAUGGUGCAGACUCCUUCCACAGACCGGGCGACACUGGGGAUCCUCCUUGCCCUGACAAGCUACAGAUGUGGAUUUGUGAGUGGACCUUGCAUGUCUGGAAAGAAAAAGACUGUGGUCCAGUUGGGAAGAGCACUGGGGCGGCAGGUUGUCAUUGUACAGUGUGAUCCAAGUAUGAGACCUUGCGUCAUCCAGAAGAUGCUGUUUGGGGCCCUCCAGACUGGAGCAUGGCUUCUGCUGGACUCUGUGGACCUGCUCACACAAGGGGUCCUGUCGUCACUGGGACAGCAUCUUUUAGACAUUCACCAGUCCUUCUCUGGGUUAACAGUAAAUAGGAAUCCAAAAGUGAAUGAUAAGCAAAAGGACAGGACUGCUGAUGGGAUCAUAGGUUGCACAAAUGAUGGCCAUAUGGUAUUCGCAGGGAAAAGCAUAUCUGCUAGCCUCGAUUAUGGAUGUAUUCUCAUCUCUUCAAAGGGGUAUACAUCCGAGGUUCCAGAGAGUCUGCGAUUUGCAACGAGACCAGUUGCAUUAGCCCAUCCAGAUUACAGGAUCAUUGCAGAAGUAAUGCUGACUUCCAUUGGUUUCUCAGAGGCCAUGUCUUUGAGCCAACGUCUUGUGUCUCUCAUCAGCCUGGCCAAAUAUUCUCGCUGUCUGCCCGAUUUCAUCACUGAUCACCAGAGCUGCUAUCUUGUUGUCUUGCAAAAGAUCAUCUCUGCCUCUGAAAUGCACUUAAAACAAAGUAUGAGGCAACAAGAUGUUUCAGACAAAGCUAAAAGAUCAGAUGCAGAAAAAACUGACCACACGUCUUCUCAAAAUGUGUCCUCCAGAGAUGUUGAGAUGGAUGGCAAACGAUCUGAAAAGCCUUCCACACUGCGCAGGUCUCGUUUGAUAAUAAUGCAGGGCUUAAUGGAGGAAACAACCAUGGUCAAAGCGAUUCUUUCUGUCUUAUUACCUGUUCUUCAUGACUACGAGAAAGCCUCACAGUUCUACGCCAUUUUCAAGAACGCAUUCCCUAUAGCAUGCCAGUUUCCUCUUUUCCAACAAUACAUUGAGGAAGAAGAAAAGAACCAACUUAAAGAUGCAGUCACAGAAGAAUUACAAAGGAAACUGUUUCACCCUGGCAAAGAAACAAUUUGCAGCGCUCUUUCACUCUACCAGACUAUGAAAUUCUCUCAGGCAGUACUGCUCAUAGGCCCCUCAGGUAGUGGAAAGACAACCUGUUACUGUGCUCUAGCUGGAGCACUCAAUAGUCUGGCUGCCAAGACAGUGGAGAGUGUGUUUGAAAAUUACACAGUGAUUAAAGGAGAUCCCCCUGAGGCAGAUCCACAGAUCUCCUCCUCAAAGUGGAACUCAGUUGAGAGUGUGGUUCUAUUUCCAAAUUCCAUGUCCCAUGAUGAGGUAUUUGGCUGCUUCUGUAGAAAGAGAGGAUGGCAAGAUGGAGCUGUUCCAAAAUUGCUGAGAGUUUCAGAACGAUGGGAGCACACAAGUUCUAAAUUGUGCAACAAUAAGGAGACAAGUGAUAAGACACCAAUAGUGAAAUGGCUGAUAAUGGAUGGGGAGCCUGUGGGGCAUCCUAGCUGGUUAGAUCACUUAACCACUCUGUGCAAUCCUGCGGACCCAUUUCUCUUCCUGUCAUCGGGUGAAAAACUUGUGCCGUCCCAAUCAUGCUGUAAGCUUCUUAUGGAGAUCACAGACCUAAGUGAAGCGAGCCCCUCUGCAGUGACCCGCUGUAGCCUCAUUCAUUUCACAGGAACUGAUCUCUGGAAGGCUGUGUGGAGGAGUGAAAUGGAUGCUCUUUACUCUGAACACAGACUGCCUGAAGGAACCUUGAAAAUGUGGUAUCGCAUGGCUGAAGAUCUUUUUCACAGCACUUUCAGUUUGCUAAGACAGAACGCCGUAACAUCUGCAAUCCAUAGUAAAGGACAAUCUUUCCAGAGCCCCACCUAUGGACUGCAAGAAAUCUUGUCAUGUUUUCGGAUCUUACGUGCCCUACUACAACAUUUUGGGAAGGAAGUAGAAAGAGAUGGGGUAACACCACAAAGAGAGAAAGGAGAUUUACAUCUACAUGGAGUCGGGACACCAGUCAUAGAUGGCCAGAGUAAACAAGUGCUGCUCACCAGAAACCUUUUUCUGUUGGCUUAUAUUUGGGGAUUUGGAGGACAUCUGCAUCCUUGUCACUGGCCGCAGUUUGACUUGCUAGUCCGUCAAGUGCUGUUUUCUUGCCGGUACAAAAUUGUGGUUCCUGAUGAAGAGAGUGUGUUUGAACACUUUUUUAGCGUCGACAGUAAGAUGUUCCCCAAGAACACACUGUUGACAAAUUCCAUCACUCCAAAGUAUGGGAAAUACAUCCAUCUCCUGAACAUCAUGUUGGAGGCAAAUCAGCCAGUGUUGCUUGCGGGAGAGCCAAGCUCUGGAAAAACCAUCCUGUGCCAAUCUUUGUUGAGUUUUGACAAGCAACACAUCAGUCUACCAGCCAGUCCACUCCUGAGCUCCAGAGACCUGCGCGCUAUACUGAGUAACAUCAGCUGCCAGAAGUACUGCAAAGAUACUGGGAGUGCUGCGACCAAACAGCCAAAGCUACUACUGUUUGUGGAUGAUUUGCAUGAAGCCCCCUCUGAUUCCUUUGGGAAGAUGUCGACUGCUCUAGAAUCACUACGAGAGAGUAUUUCAAAGGGAGAGAUUCUAACAUUCGAUACCUACCAAUUCAAGUUAUUAGGUUCUGGCAUCCUCAGUUACUUGGCUACCUGUUCUGUCUCCGGGUUGGGCAAUUACCACAAUAGUGUGAUAUCCUCCCGGCUCUCACGCCUGUUCUCCAUCUUUGUGCUCCCAAGCCUAUCUAUAGACAAGCUACUGUCCAUCCAUUCUCCUAGGCUACAAGCCUGGCUCAGAGGAAUGCCCCUCCAACAGAGUGGUGAGGAUAUGGCGUGUUGUAUCAUCACUGCAACUAAAACUCUGUAUCACGCUGUAUGUGACCUGUUCCAGCCCACUGAGCAGAGGCCCUAUUUCCUGUUCUCCCAUCAUGACCUGCAGAAAGUGUUUCAGGGGAUGUACCUGUGGCAGCCAAACAUCCAAAACACAGGGACAAUGCAGAAGAAGGACAAUGCACUACCAGAGCCCACAGCCUCAGUUCUUAAUGUAACACAUCUCUGGAUGCAUGAGUGCAUGCGUACUUUCAGUGAUCGGUUAUGCUCUGAGGAUGAAAGCAAAACUCUUGUGUCACUCAUAGCCAAAGUUGCAACAAACCACUAUGGCAUUAGAUUGGUUGGUGAACCCCACCCUGAUGGUCCAGAUGGCCCACCCACUGUCACAAGUCUCGCUAUUUAUAGUGUACCAACACACCAGAGUCCAGAUACACCAAGUCUGCUGACAGAGCCUAAACCAGCUGGCAAGUCAGACUAUACAUUGGCUGAAACAUCCCCUCUGUCUGAAAACGGUUGUUCAGAGAGGGAAAACCUUACGACUAACCCUCUGCAGCCCCAGAUUCUUCAGCAUGUGGAAGGUAUGAUGGCAAGGCUUAUAUAUGGUCCACAGCUGUCAGAGUCAUUGAAUUCAAUGGAUCAGCAAAACAACGUCAAAUUCAGCUCUUGUUACAAGGAGCAAGACCUUGACACACUACUGCAAAAGCUCUCCGCUCUCAUGGACAGAAAGGGAGAGAGCCAAGGACAUGGAGUCGAUAACAGGUACGACAUUACGUCCAGAUACAUGCUGCACAGACAGCGAGUGAGUCAGCUGUUGCAUGUGCUCAGAGCUUUGCUCAUACCUGGAGGUCACGGAGUACUAGUCGGCCUAGACCGAGGCACAGGCCGGAGAACCACAGUGCGUUUAGCUGCCCACCUGACGGGCUACCAGUUGAUGGAGGUGCAUUUGGGUAAUGAGGAUAUGUUGCACGAAAUCCUAAAAGAGGCCGGGAAUCGAACUAGAGUGGAUGGAGGUAAUGUUAUCAUACUGGUCCAUGACGACAUCAGCCAGGCUGUUAGAGAAGAGCUAUUGGUGGCAAUGGCCCAUGGAACCUAUCCAGCACUCCACACCGAGGAGGAGCUGAGGAAGCUCAUUUCCAGAGCGACAGCUGUGAAAAAGUCAAGAAGAUACCUUAUGGACAGUUGGAUGUUUGAUAAGUACUUGAGCCAAGUCCAUAGAAAUGUCCACGUGUUCCUCCUGAUGUCCUCCACCAACGAAGGAACCCGUGUCGCGAAUAGACAAAUGGCCAAGGCCCUGAGCCUCAGCUGCUGCGUCGAGGUAUACCAGCCGUGGUCCAGCCAGUCUUUAGUCGAAGUUGCUGCUCAAUGCAUCAAAACCAGUCGCCAAAAGAAUCCAGUGAAGAGAGAAAGCUCAGUGGCCGGCCUGUCAGUGGCUAUGGCAGGAGUCCAUCGAUCUGCAUGUCAGUAUGCGUCUGUCCUUCUAAAAGCCCGGCCUUUUAGCCCUCAGACCUACGUGGAGUUCAUUUCCCACUUUGGUUACCUCUGCAACCACCUGCAAAGACAAGGGCAGGGCCAAGCCAACAGAGUGGCCUCUGUUCUGUCUCAUUUGGAUGUAUUGAACAACACAGCUCAGCAGAACAAACUGCACUUGGAGAGACUGAAAGCGAAGGUCGCUGAGACGCAGCAGCGUGAUAAGCUGCUCCUCGGAGCCGUCGGCGACCGGAGAAACCUGCUGGAGGAAGCUCAGAGGAAAUGUGUGGUAGAGGAGAACAAGCUGUACGACAUGGAGGAGCAGAUCAAUCAAGCUAAGAAACAGGUGCAACCAGUUUUCCUUUCAGGCCUCAAAAUUCUGAAGUGCCUGAAUCCGUCCGACCUGGAGGAGGUGCGUCACUACAGGGAUCCACCCGAUGGAGUGGUGACAGUCUUGGACGCCAUUUGCCUGCUGUUUAAUCGUCCACCGGGCUGGGAGAGCGCCAAGCAGCUCCUCGGACAAGCAAACUUUUUUCAAGAGCUGGAAUUCUACGAUCGGUGCGGCCUGUCAAACGAGCAGCUGCAGCAGCUCGGCCAGAUAGUCGACAGUCCCCGGUUUGCGCCCGAGUCCGUGCGAGAGGUGAGCAAAGCCUGCGAGUCCCUGAGUCAGUGGGUCCAGGCCGUGUACGAAUGCUGCCGCCUGCGACGACGACUGCUGUCCGAGCAGCGGCAGCUGGAGGGGCUGCACAAAGAGGCGCGAGGCCGACUGCACCUGGCCAGGCAACACGAGGAGGACGCGCGCCGUCGUCUGGAGGAUUUUCAGCUUCAGCUUCAGCUCGUGCGAACGGACCUGGAAGAGCUGCUGCAAGAGCUGCGCAACGCUGUGGACGUGGAACGGCGAUCGAGCGCAGCUGCUGAGCGGCUAGCGACGCAUGUCAGCGACUGGAGGGCUGCUGCUCAGGAGGCAGAGUUACAGAACCAAAACUUACAAGGAGAUGCCCUCAUCCUUGCUGCAAUCAUUGCUUAUUCUGGCCCCUUUGCACCUGAUACUCGCACGGAACUACUGAACAAGUGGAGAGAGCUGUGUCAGACAGGAAGCAUCCACCUGAACCCAGAUGACCCUAGAACCUCCCUGUUUACACCGUCAGACCCGGCGCCUCCUCGUCCCCCUCUGGGUUUUCCCAUCCCAGUGUGUGAGAGGCUGCAACGGCCUCUGGGUCGGGCGUUGGGUAUGGACGACCGGCAGCUCCGGAACACCGUACCUGCUGCCGGACUCGUGGUUCAGCUGCUGCUGUGGGGCCACAGGAACUCCCUGGUUCAGCGCCGGCCCCUGCUGGCGGACGUCCAGCAACAUCUAGAGCUGAGCGCCGAGAGCUGGAACGCCACAGGUGAGAAUGUCGAGCUUGAGACGGAGUGUGAGAUGGUGAUUUGUGCCGAUGAUCCCGAGCUGCUGGACAAACUGGACCAGGCUGCUGAGAAGGGUUUGAGAGUCAUGGUAACUCACGUGGAACACGCGAUCCCCAGUCCUCAGUUUCUCGCCAGAUUGGCUCCUCCUGCUGGACGUUGCCUUCCAGGGUUGAAGCAGCACGGCCAGCAAACCCAUCAUCCCGAAUUUCGCCUCUUUCUCAGCACUCAUCUGCCCGUCCGACUGCUUGACGGUGAGAUCCAUCCAUCCAUCUUGGCUCAGGUACGUGUGGUUGACCUCUCUCUGAGCUCCGACGAAAUCCGGGAGCUGAUGCUGACGCGGCUGCUGCAGUCUGAGUGCAAGGAGCUGCUGUUUCGACACCGACGGCUGCGGAAUGACAAGCAGACGCUGCAGGAGGAACUGGUCAGAGAAGAGGAUGCUCUGAUGGACGUCAUCCUUCAGUCUCACACCUCACAGCCGCCGGGCGGCGAUCUUCUUCACCCGCGCGUGGCUGUCAUUCAAGAGGCAAUGAAAAAACUGCAGGACGAGAUCCGGCAGAUGGGCGAGGAGCUGGAGCACCACCAGGCCCUCGUGGCCACCCCACGACAGUUGGUGAAGCUGGCCGCCGCCCUCCACCGGGCUCUGCAGGACGUGUCCCGUCUGUCCCCCGCCUACUACUUUUCCUUGCGCGGCUUCACCGCAGUCAUGCAGGACGCCAUCGUCGUCAAGGGCAGGCCGUUGGUGUCGCGCGCCGUCGGGAGAGUGCCGCGGGGCGUAGAGGCGGAGGUUGCGAACAGGAUGGUGGCCCAGCUGCUGGUCCACUACAGGCCUCGUCUGUUCAAGAGCCACGCCGCUGUUCUGAAGCUGCUGGUGUCCGUGGCCCUGCUGCAACACAACCGGCUCUGCUCGGAGGCCGAGAGGGGGGCCUUCCUCAGCGGGCUUCAAGACGCACAACACCCCAUCUCCAAGGUUGAACCCUGCUCCUCGCACUCCGCCACUUCUCUGCCUGGCUGGAUACCCCCUCGUAUCCAUCCAGAGCUCCUCCGCUUGGAGAGUAUCCCGGCCUUCACCGGGCUGAUUUCCUCACUCUCCACUUCCCCCGCACAGUGGCAGGAGUACCUGCGCUUCCCUUCCUCCACCGUGGCCGGGGCCGUUCCCUGCCGCUCCCACUCCCAUCUGUCCCUGCUACAGCGAGCUCUCCUCUGGAAAACCCUGCUGCCGGACUGCCUGGAGGGACUAGCGGACGUGAUGGCUGCGUGCCUCCUCUGCCCGCCUCAUGUGCAGACUGGGGGGUGUGAGGCUCCUCACACCGGGAACCCAGAGUCCCUCUCACGACACCUGGUCAAUCACGAGGGGCCCGUCAUUCUCACUUUGCCUCGUCCGGGGGGAGGUAACUGGACAAGUGUUCAGCCUCUUCACUUGAUAGAGAAAUUGGCAGAAACAGGAGGAAAACAACCGGCACAAGUCAUCUCUUUUGAGGCUCUGUGCGCCGCAGAGGUCGUCCUCUCAGCCCUGGACACGGCAGUGAAUGACGGCCGCUGGUUCGUCUUCAACAGCUGUCAUCUGUUGGAACAGUGGGACCAAACAGUAGUGGCUCGCAUCAGUCAAUUGUUCUCCUCCUUCAAAGAGGAGCGAUGCUUCAUUCACCCGUGCUUCCGCUUGUGGUUCAUAACUCAAGAAAACGCCGUACGUCACAUACCAGCGGCGGUGCGACUGUGUGCCCUGCCUCUGGUCUGCGACUCUCCCUGGGAUCUGGAGGAGGAGCUGAGCUGCUCCCUGCGGCAGGUGGCGUCCGUCGCACGGCGUCGAUCACCGACGGCAGGCGACGUGGAGCUCCUCCUCCGCUGCGCCGCCUUCCACUCCGUCCUACUGCAGAGGCAGACCUGUAGACACUCAGGCCAGGGGAGAAUCUACAACUGGAGCCAGGGAGACCUGCUGGCUUUGGUGGACGCACACAGCCUCAUCGCCGGCGUCUGUCGUGACGAGACCAGAGCUCUGCAGUAUGUAGCAGUCAAUCUGGUGCACGGCGGCCAUGUGGCGGACUCUGCAGAUUUGGAAGUGGUGGAAAGCGUCGCCGCGACCUGCCUCAGCCGAGCGUCCCCUCUGUGGGCCGGUGGGCGGCGCGUGCUCUCGGACGUCAGCGGCGACCCGGGCCAGUUCGAUUUGUCAGGACUACUGCAGUUGUCGGAGCGGGGUCUUCGGGACUCGGCGGACGCCGGUGACCGCCUCGCGCUGGGCUUCGGCGUGGAUGUGGCCGCUGAGAUGAUCGAGAUCAGCGCCCGCGAUUUGAGCGUCCUGCUGCGGGCCUCCCAGACUCCCCCGGGAGCAGAGAGGCGUUUACGCCACACGGCGGCAGUUCACAGCCACGCCGGAGACAGACUGCAGGCUCUGAGGAGCCAGCUCGCGAACGAGAGAGGCAGCGAGAGGGUCACCAAUGCACGAGGCGCUCCUCAAAGUUCCCUGCGCGACUUCCUCCAGGCGGAGUGGGACGAGCUCUACGACGCGGUGUCCUCGCCGACCUCCGCUUCCCCCCUCGGGCUGGCCGACGUGUCCCGCUUGGAGAGGCGGGCGGAGCUGCUCGCCGCAUACGUCCGGCACAACAACAACAACAACAACAACAAUAACAACAACAACGCCUCGGAUCCACCGGGCGCAUACCGACUGUCUGCUUUCAGAAAUGCCCGAGGUUUCCUGGUGGCAGUGAUGAGGGAGGCCGCGCGAGUAAACCGCAAAUAUAUCAGUGAUAUAAAACUGCAUUUUCAGGUUUUGAGCAAUAGCACAUCACUUCCCCUGGAUGCUGUGUGUUUGUGCGGCCUGGAGCUCAGAGGGGCAUCGUGGGACACAGCGCUCGGCGCCCUGCAGGACGCCGCCUCGCCGCAGCCACGCUCCCUGCCCCCCGUCUGCGUCAGGGCCCGAGUCGGGAGCGCGAAUGCUGCCCGGGAAACGGCCGCGGGUGACGCUCAGGGCCCAGGCGCCUCUCAGGUUCCCGUCUACCACUGCCCACUCUACCUCGAUGAGGGGCGGGCGACGGGAGACUGGGGGCUGGCAGACGUGGACGUCGUCACCAAGGUUCCCCUUCGUGCCGCCCUCAGUCCCGCGUUGUGUAGUUUGAGGAGGGUGAGGCUCGUGAGUCUGCUCUGAGGGGAAGUGAACCGGGACUCGUCCGCUGCGAUGCACCUGACACCGAUGCGGCAUCACGUCAGAAAACGCUUGUACACGUCACCGGGGACUAAUGCUCAUGUGAAUCCCUCGAAUACGUUUGCAUCUACUGUACAAUGUCUGUUUUACACAUUUUGUAAUGCUUUCGAUUAAAUUGCUACACCAUGUCAUCUGGA